AAUAGAAUAUAAUAGGUCGAGCUGAAAUCGAGCAAGUAUAAAACGAAUUAAGGAACUGUAAACAUAAGUGUAAUUGAAAAACCAGUGAUUUAUCAUCGCUCGGAGAUAAAGUGCUUAUCAUCAUGUUUUCCUAGAGCAUUUUACCAUAAUCAGCUGUCGUCGUCCGAAUUUCCCCACAGUUUUUGCACGCCUUUCUGUUGUUGCAGUUGCGGCAAAAGGGAAAUCGCAAAAGAACGCACGAGGAAGAAGGGAAAAAGAGAAGAAAAACUCAAAACAAAGCCCGUUGUGCGUUUGUUUUCUUUUAGGAGUAGCAAAAUGCAGAGCUGCUGGCAUGAUGGGGACGAGGACGCUAUGGCGGCGCCUCCUAUCAGCGCGACCACAGAAAAUGCCAACAAUUUAGGAUCACGACGUACCUUUGGCGAUAUAACCACCAAUCGGCUGUGGACGUUCCGCGUGCUGAUGAACCAGGAUAUGGCUCCCAACGAACGGUUAGCCGUUGUGGGCAACUGCGAGGCCCUGGGCAAUUGGCAGCAUUCGGGAGCCACCCUGCUUUCCAAGCACAACAACGAGGAACAGGACGAGAAUGAGAGCAAUCUGUGGACAGGAGAGGUCUAUGUUCCCCGCCACUGCGAUACUGAAUAUCGCUACUUUGUCUGUGCCGUGGACCCGAUUAGUGCAGAGCAACCGCUGCUGGUCCGUCGCUGGGAAACUCAAUUACAGCCCAGGAUCAUCAGGGAGCUCGAUGAGCAGCCUGCGAAGGAACAUUCGGAUAUAUUUGGCUCAUUUCGUGGACAGGAGAAGGUGGACAGAGGCUGGCUGACCCAGGAGACGCUGGUUCAGCUCAAGUUCUUCUACGCCCCAUUCACGUUUAAGCAGCGGAUGAAGCGCCGGCAUGUCCAAGUGAAGGUAACACCCAUGAAUCUAAGUAUACCGAGCGCCGAGCGCAGCGAGUCCUUUGCACCUGUUUCCCCGCUGGAGGAUUCCCUGUCCAAUGACACGCAUGACACCAAGGAGAAUGGUGGCGAUUCCGCGACGGCGUUUGCCUUUAGCGAGGUGGUGGCCUUGAGUGCAGAUGACUGCGAGAUCCGGGGACAGGAGCAGUUCGGCAUUGGAUGCGGGCCCAACGAUUUGGUUAUUUUCCACAUGACCGUGGCGGAUUUGGAGAACACUGCCUUCCUGAUCGAUCUGUACACAUACAGCUCGCGGGUGGCCAAGGAGGACGGAGUGCCGAAUCACUUGGGCUAUCACUAUGUCCUGCCUAAUCUGUUCAAGCGUUCCGAGGGCCAUCUGGAGCUACCCAUCACCUGUGCCAAGGGUCAUCGUCCGCUGGGAAUGAUGCGGCUGGGCUACCUCAUUGUCAAGCCAUUCUCCCAGUGCGCCCUCAUGGAUAUGAGCGUCAGCUAUGCCCGCUACUGGAAUAAUAAAUGGACGGGCCUGGAUGUGGGACAUCGCGGCUCCGGUACCAGUUUCAAGGCCAAGGAUGCUGUGAUUCGCGAGAAUACAAUUACCUCGCUAAGAUAUGCCGCCGAUCACGGUGCCGAUAUGGUAGAGUUCGAUGUUCAACUGAGUAAGGAUCUGGUUCCAGUAGUCUAUCAUGAUUUCAUGAUCUACGUGUCCUUAAAGUCCAAGUGCAGCAUGCAAGAGCAUGACUUCCUGGCAUUACCCAUGCGAGAGCUGUCCUUGGAGCAGUUAAAAAAGCUCAAGGUGUACCAUACGGCCGAGGGUCUGUCGAGGGAGACGCGGUCUUUUCACAACGACGAUCUGCUGGAACACCAGCCCUUUCCACAGCUGGCCGAUGUCCUCGACGCCUUGGAUGUCCACGUGGGCUUCAAUAUUGAGAUCAAGUGGUCACAGCGCCUCCAGGACGGUAAAAUGGAGGAGGAGUUCGAGCAUGUGGUUGACCGAAAUCUCUAUAUUGACUGCAUUUUGGACGUUGUCCUGCGGAAGGCUGGCAAUCGACGUAUAGUUUUGAGUUGUUUUGAUCCCGACAUCUGUACGAUGCUUAGGUACAAGCAAAAUAGAUAUCCUGUCAUGUUCUUGACACUCGGCAGGACGACGAGAUAUGAGCAGUAUUUGGACCCCAGGGGCAACUCGAUGGAGCUGGCCGUUUGGCACGCGGUGGCAAUGGAGCUGCUGGGAAUUGUGGCUCACACGGAGGACUUGCUGCGUGACCCCAGCCAGGUGAAUCUGGCCAAGGAGCGGGGCCUGGUGCUAUUUUGCUGGGGCGAUGACAACAACUCCAAAGACACCAUCAAGCUGCUAAAGGAGCUCGGUCUUCAUGCCAUUAUCUAUGACAAAAUGGAUGUGCUGACCACCAAGGAGGUCAAGCAAAGCGUUUUCCACUUGCAGGCCAAGGACAGUCAGAAGGAGCUGCUUAAACUGCAGGCCCUGGAAAUGGGUCACGUCUGGCACACUUCUCCCGAUGGCGCCGAGGAGCAGAAAGCCUAGAAAGCUGCCUGAUAGCUCCAUAUUGAUGCGAACUUCGCUAGGACCAAAAUCUCAUCUAGCCUACACAUCUGCUGUUUAUUUCCUCACACAUUUUCCUUUAGCCAAUUGCAUUUGCUUUAUUUUUUAUAAUUUUAAAUCUUACAAAAAAAAAAAAAGAAAAGAAAACAGAACGGAAAACACUCACAUGUCAAUAUAAUAAGAGCUUGUCUGCUUCGAGCGCAUAUGCAUUUCUGUUGCCAAAAACUUUUUUUAAAUACACGUCAGCAAACCCUUUUUAUGUAA